AUGUCGCUUUCGUGGCACGCCGGGGGCGCGGUCUUUUCUCGUAUUGGUAGAGGUAGCGUCAACUCUGGCACCGACCUCAGUCCCACGACAUGCACGAAAAUGCAGCGCAUGGACCACGGAAAGGGCACGGCCCCCAUAGAGCCCCAAGCAGAUCGCCAACCGCUCGAAAAAGUGGUAGAGGGCGGUGUUCCGGAUACUGGGGUUUGGGCAGGGGUGGCUGUGAGACUGCACUCUGCUCAGCCACAGUAA